GAUACCCCUCCAACUCCAACGCGUGCUCUCGUCCGCAACCUCGAUCCAUCAGCCUCGCUGCGACACGAAGUCAUCCACGAUUCCCUCCCCUCCCACGCAUGGGAACGAUUCACGCGUCCCCCGAGGGCCAUUGACGCCGCCAUGUCGGGCACCACAAUUGACGAUGUCGUCAAGCGACUUAGCAGUCCGGACACGGACUCGAGAGUCAGGUUAGAGGCGGCGACUACCUUACGCGACAGCUUAGAUCACUACACCAAUGGAACCAUAUACCCCCCUUUCCUGAAGCGAAUGGUACCGAUCUUCCUCACAAUCCUGAGAGGACCAUGCAUCUUCCAGAGCAACUCCCCGGAGCAGAAACUGCGGACGUGUAUCCUCGAGGUUCUCAACCGAUUGCCAGCGACACCAUCCCCGACCGAACCCUUCGAACCGUACGCGGAAGAGGUCGUCGAUCUGCUGAUGCAGCUGGUCCGUACGGAUAACGAAGAGAAUGCGACACUAUGCGUCAAGAUCAUCUCGGAUGUCAUGCGUCACCAACACAAAGUCCUGCAGGGCAAGGUGCAGGCGUUCCUCAACCUAAUCCAGGAGCUCUUCGAACAGAUGGAAAAGGUCGUGCGGGAACAGCUGGACAACACGUCACUCUCGACGGCAUCAAACUCUGGCGCACCAUCAACGCCGGGCAGCUCCCAGACGAACUUCCAGUCGCCUAGGCCGGGCUCCCCUGUAGCGUCGGUCACAGAUCUCGGCCCGGAUCCUCAACAGCAGAAUCGGCUACUGCUAAAGGGCAUGCAGUCUUUCAAAGUCCUCUCGGAAUGCCCUAUCAUUGUAGUUUCCGUCUUCCAGGUCUAUCGAAAUACCGUCGCAUCCAACGUCAAAGCUUUCGUCCCUCUCAUCAAGGGGUUCCUUUGCCUACAGGCGAGCGCGCAGAAGCAGGCCCAUGCCGAUGCCAAGGCCAGGGGACAGAUCUUUACGGGAGUCAGCCCGUUGAUUAAGAACCGGGCUGCUUUCGGCGAGUUCAUCACAGCCCAGGUCAAGACGAUGAGCUUUCUGGCUUACCUCUUGCGUCAAUACUCUCAGCAAUUGACGGAUUUCUUACCGACACUUCCUGAGAUUGUGGUUCGACUCUUGCAGGACUGUCCCAGGGAAAAGUCGAGUGCGCGCAAGGAGCUGCUUGUUGCUAUUAGGCAUAUCAUCAACUUCAACUUCCGCAAGAUCUUCUUGCCAAAGAUUGACGAGCUCCUGGACGAGAAGACGCUGAUCGGCGAUGGCCUUACGGUAUACGAGACUAUGAGACCGUUGGCGUAUAGUAUGCUCGCCGAUCUCAUCCAUCACGUCAGGGAUAGUCUCACACCUGAGCAAAUUCGCAAGACGGUCGAGGUUUACACCAAGAAUCUCCAGGACAACUUCCCAGGCACGAGUUUCCAGACCAUGAGUGCAAAACUCCUCCUCAAUAUGGCAGAAUGCAUCGCCAAGAUGCCUAACAAGGUCGACGCGCGGCACUAUCUGAUCAUGAUCCUGAACGCUAUUGGCGACAAGUUCGUGGCAAUGAAUAGACAAUAUCCCAACGCAGUGAAGCUCUCGAAACUCUACGCCCAGCAAGCCGCUGACGGAACCCAGGAUAGCUACCUUGCGGACAAGGACCACCCGCCUGACUGGGAUGAGACCGACAUCUUCACUGCUAUGCCGAUCAAGACGUCAAAUCCAAGAGACAGAGGCGCAGAUCCCGUUGUUGACAACAAAUUCCUGUUUAAGAACCUGAUGAAUGGGCUGAAGAACACUUUCUAUCAGCUCAGAACCUGCAAUGUCAACAACGUGAUCGACGUACAGAAUGCCCCUCAACACUGGCAGGAUGUUGCCUAUGGUUUCACAGCAGAGGAGGUCAACGUCAUCGUGAAGCUGUUCAGAGAGGGCGCCUACGUUUUCCGCUACUACGAAAUUGAGAAGCCGGCAACUGAGUCCCAGUACAUGUCGCCCGUAGAGUACAUGGCCAACUUCUACAUGGUAUCUAGCAGUAAGGAGGAGAAGGAACUCCUGGAGACCUUUGCGACUGUCUUCCACUGCAUUGACCCAGCGACGUUCCAUGAAGUUUUCCAGCAAGAGAUCCCCCAUCUCUACGACAUGAUCUUUGAGCACACGGGACUGCUCCACAUCCCUCAAUUCUUCCUCGCGAGCGAAGCCACCUCGCCAAGCUUUUGCGGCAUGUUGCUGCGCUUCUUGAUGGAGAGAAUCGACCAAGUUGGCUCAGCGGACGUCAAGAAGUCGUCAAUUCUGUUGAGACUGUUCAAGCUGGCAUUUAUGGCAGUCACGCUCUUCGCCAACCAAAACGAACAGGUCCUGCUUCCUCACGUCGUGGACAUUGUUACCAAGUCCAUUGAAUUGUCGACAAAGGCUGAGGAGCCCAUGAACUACUUCCUACUUCUGAGAUCGUUGUUCCGAAGCAUUGGUGGCGGCAAGUUUGAGCAUCUCUAUAAGCAGAUUCUGCCAUUACUUGAAAUGUUGCUGGAUGUGCUCAACAACCUGCUCAUGGCAGCAAGAAAACCUGCCGAGCGUGACCUUUACGUGGAGCUGUGCUUGACGGUGCCGGCACGUCUGAGUAACUUAUUGCCUCAUCUCAGCUUCCUGAUGCGACCCUUAGUCGUCGCGUUGCGCGCCAAUACCGACCUGGUUGGCCAAGGAUUGCGGACGCUGGAGCUCUGUGUCGAUAACCUCACUGCGGACUACCUGGAUCCCAUCAUGGCCCCGGUUAUUGAUGAGUUGAUGACGGCACUGUUCGACCAUCUCAAACCACAUCCCUACAGCCACUUUCACGCUCACACCACGAUGCGCAUUCUAGGAAAGCUUGGAGGUCGGAACCGAAAGUUCAUGACUGACGCGCAACCCCUGAACUACAAGGACUACGCCGAUGACCCGACAAGCUUUGAUCUUCGCCUAAUCGGCUCCAAGAAGGAUAGGGCUUUCCCUGCGGAGACUGGCGUUGAUUUCGCCAUCAGGAAAUUGAUGGAGCAGCCAAAGGCGGGCAAGGGCAACCAGGCGCGGCAGUAUGAUGGUUACUACAAGAAGCAGUCAUUCCACUUCAUCAAGUCUCAGCUGAAGAUGCGGAUCGGCUUCGAGAACUUGCCCGACGACAUGCCUAGACUUCUGCGCCUCCAAGCUCAAGAUCUAGCCGCCAGAAGAAUCGACUUUGACUUCUCUGUUUUCACAACACAUGACAGAGAACGAUCUAUUCCUAAAAAGGACGAGCAAGACGACCUUCUCAAGCGUUUGCUGAAGGCUGUCAUGUUUGCCGAGUCUUUGCCUGAUUUCAAGGAAGAAGCGCAGGCAUUCCUCAUGAAUCUCUGCAAACACUUCACAAUCAUUGAGGUCGGCCGAGCUUUGGUCGACGUUAAGCGAACGUACAGUCCUUUCGAUCCCAACGCUGGAGAAGGCCCACUCUUUAUCGAUACCCGGGUGCUCUCUGAUGCUAUUGUGGAAUCGUUGGCGUCGGAUCACCCAGAAGUGCGAGAGUCUGCGCAGCGCGCGAUCCGGGAGGUGUACGACUCUGCCACCACAAUCUUGGGUAACGAGCAGAGUGUUGCUAGGCUGCCUCUCUUUAAUAACUUGAGCACCACAUUCUGCCAUGGCUGCUACGAAGAAGAGUGGUUUACCAAAACUGGUGGCUCGCUCGGCAUUAAUUUCCUUCUCAAUGAGCUUGACCUAGGUGACCAAUGGGUUGCGAGCAAGCAAAUCGAAUUCAUUCGCUCUCUAAUGUACGUCAUCAAGGACAUGCCCCAAGAUCUUCCUGAGAAGACUAGAAGAUCUGCUCAGGUCACCUUGGAGACGUUGCUGCACAAAAUCACGAAGAAUAUCAAGAAGGAGGAUGCCAUGCCGCAGCAAAACCCUGGUCAGCCGCCGCAACAGAGGUCCCGCCUCGCCCAAAUUUGCAUGCAGUUCAAUACGGAGUUGGCGCAUAUGAAUCGCCAUGUUCGCGAGACUGCGAAGCGAUCCCUCGAACUUAUCGCUAAGGCUGCUGGCUGUGCCGUGUGGGAGCUGAUUGAACCCUACAAGGAGCGAUUCCUUCAGCCAAUCUACUCGAAGCCCCUUCGUGCCCUGCCGUUCCCCAUCCAGAUCGGCUACAUUGAUGCGAUGACUUACCACAUGACUUUGCGGAAGGAAUGGGUUACCUUCGACGACAACUUGACCAGAUUACUCAUGGAGUCUUUGGCUUUGGCUGAUGCGAGCGAUGAGUCUCUGGCGAAUAAGCCAGGAGAAUUCAGGACGCACGAAUACAUUGUCAAUCUCAGGGUUGCCUGUAUCAAUAUCCUCAGCACCGCCACCAGUUUCGAAGAGUUCGCGCCGCUCAAGCAAGGCAGCCACCCUACACGUUCCAAGAUCGUCUCGGUUUUCUUCAAGUGUCUUUACUCAGACUCAAAGGCCACAAUCGACGCGGCCAAUAGUGCCCUGAAGAAUACCCUGGAGGCCCAUCAGAAGCUUCCGAAGGAUUUGCUCCAAGGUGGUUUGAGACCGGUUCUUGCCAGUCUCCAAGACCCCAAGAAGCUCUCAACUCAUGGUUUGGACAACCUUGGCCGACUCUUGAAGCUGCUUACUACGUACUUCAAGGUCGAGAUUGGAGCUCGCCUGCUCGAUCACGUCAAGGUGCUUGCAGAGCCCAGCACUCUGCAACAGCUCUCCUUCACCUUCUUUGAGCAGAAUGGCCCCAUGAAGGUCAUCGCUGCCGUCUUCAACAUCUUCCACCUCUUGCCGCCGCAGGCAGAGGGCUUCAAGCAACGUCUCAUUGACCUGGCAUUGGAGCUAGAGGAGAAGCUGCGCCGAACCCACGAAAGUCCCUUCCGAGCACCGUUGUACAAGUUCAUCAACCGAUACCCCAACGAGGUUUGGAACUUCAUUCUGCCUAAGCUUGAAGAUCUCAAGUACGGACGCUUCAUCUCACAAGUGAUCCGUAACCCUGAGAGCGGCCCCCUCAGAGAAACGGUGUCUUCCAACGUUCAAGCCCUAAUUGACUUCUGCAACAACGCGCUUUCGCAAAAUAAGGACAGCAAGCUCGUCACCGUCGUCAAUGCUGUUCACAUUCUCUAUUCUCUCACCCUGUCACCUGGAACAGACACUUGGCUAGAGAAGAAGGAGCACUUGACCUGGUUGAAGCAAGUUGGCAAAGAGCUGGAGAAGCAGAUGCGGGCCCAUACUCUCGCACCCAACUUGAGACUUCCGGCGUGCCAGGCGUCAGACCAGCUGAUGUCAAUCUUCAUCAAGUCGUUGGAACGCAACCCCAAAGACCUCGAGUCACUCUUCAGCCUGGUAGAUUCAGUCACGACUGAUGACCUUCGUGCCUCGCAGCCUCUGAUCGCCUACAUUUACAAGAACAUCGUUAGUAGCGAUUCGCCAGAGUUCUGGAAAACGACGGUUCUCAGAUGCCUUGACGCCUACCCUCAGAAGAACAUCACUCAGAAAAUGAAGUGUUUCUUGCUGCACUACAUCGUCAACCCGAUCGUCGCCAUGGACGUGCAGCGCAACUGGAGCCUGCCGCCGCAGACAAAGGGUCGAUUUAUGGACAAGACCAUCAUCGAUGCUGUUAAUGCGAAGAUAUGGAAGUUGCACCAAGAUGCCAGCCAACAUGACAACGACGAUCUCCUGCAGCCAGGCAUCGACCACACCAAGUUUGAGGUUCUCCAGCUGUCAGCGAUGUUGGUCAAGUACCACUCCACCAUUUUCCAGGAGGCUAGGAAGGACAUCAUUAAGAGUUGCUGGACCUUGAUCCGACUGGACGAUGUCAUCAACAAGCACGCCGCCUACGUUGUCAUCGCCUACUUCAUCGCGCUAUAUGAGACGCCGGUGAAGAUUGUCACGCAGGUGUACCUCUCACUCCUGAGAGCAAACCAGAAUGAGGGACGAGCCUUGGUAACACAGGCUCUAGAGCUAAUUGCUCCCGUUCUGCCCAAGCGACUGGGAACACAGGCUCAUGAUCGUAAUGCGGGCUGGGCGCUGGCUCCUAGAAAGAUCCUUGCCGAUGAAGGUCAGAAUGUGCAGCAAAUGACUAGCAUCUUCCACUUCUUGGUCAGGCAUCCUGACUUGUUUUAUGAGUCGAGAGAUAAGUACGCUAUGCUCAUAAUCUCGUCUCUGAGGAAAGUUGCUGCACCACCUAACCCUUCGAACGAGUCGAAGAAGCUCGCUCUCAACAUGAUGUGGCUCAUCUGGCUCUGGGAGCAACGUCGUGUUGAGGGCAAGGGAGACGCAGUGUCGCGUUCCAUAUCCGAGUCACCGACGUCUAAGAAGCGCAAGUUGGACAAUGGGGACCAGCCUAUGUCGUCACCUCCUACUGUCAGACAAAGUCUGGGCGGUAACGACUAUCAAAUUGCGGCUAUGGCGCGCCAGAAAAUGAUCAAGUAUCUGGUCGAAUUCAUUGCUCAGCUGAACGAGCGGUACCAAUUGCCGUCCACCAAGGCAAGAGACAAUGCUUCUACAAACGGCCCCGCCAUGCCGCCUACGUCUACCGAGUUGUGCAAGAAGGCUAUGAGCCUGUUUUACAAUCUAGUUCAGCCCCAGUACUGGGGCGAUCUGGAUAUCGACCUCUACCCCAAUGUCACCGAUGUUGUGUUGGCCAGCGAUAAGACGCAGAAUUUCCUCGCAGCUGAUCCUUCUGACGAGAAGUUUGAUGAGAAGUUCAUCACAAACAUCAUCAACACUCUUCAGGUUGUUCGCAUCAUCUUGAACUCCAAGCCAGAUGAAUGGAUUGCCAAGAACAUGCCAUCGGUCCAGAAAGUUCUCGACAAGGUUCUUAAGAGCGAGAAUCCUGAGUUGCAGGAUUGCUUGCACCUCGCGGACAAGAAGUACGAUGAUGACCGCGACCUCAAGUCAAUCAUCCAGAGGGUGCUCGAUGCUGUUCCUGAGGACGUGCCAAUGGAGGACGCCGACGCUGAGGGUGAGACGGAGUCACAAAACUCUGAGAUUAUCAACUCUUUGUCAUCAAUCGCGGGCGAGGCUAUGGCGGCAGGUCACUAUGGAUCUGGAGUCAACAUUCUGUGGUCCUUGGGUAACCGCAAGCCCUCCGUCAUUGACCAACACAUCCCAGUUCUCAUGAAGGCUCUGCAGAGCAAGUUGGCACGUGAACAUGUUCAGCAUUACACAGCCGUCGCCAAUCAUCAGGCUGGGCAGCCUCGGACCCAGGAUGCAAACACUCCAACGGGAGAAAUGUCUACGUACGAUCUUGAGGUUUCGACUGCCCUCAUGACCAAGGCUAUCCAGGUCGUUGCACUGCGAAUGGAAGUUCUGGGUGACAACCGACGACCUUUCCUCAGUGUUCUCGCGACGCUGGUAGAGAAAUCUAUGCACAUCCCUCUGUGUGAGGAGAUCCUCAACAUGGUGGAAGGCUGGGUGUUCCGUUCUGAAGGCACCUGGCCUACGCUCAAGGAAAAGACUGCAGUCCUCCACAAGAUGUUGUCCUUUGAGCAUCGUCAGGACUCGACCAUGUUGACGAAGUUCCUUGAGUUGGUCAUUCGCAUCUACGAGGAUCCCAAGAUUACCCGUACCGAGUUGACUGUUCGCAUGGAGCAUGCUUUCCUAAUCGGCACACGCGCUCAAGAUGUAGACAUGCGCAACCGAUUUAUGGCUAUAUUCGACAAGAGUCUUUCAAAGACUGCCAGCGCACGUCUUGCCUAUGUUCUGACCUCUCAGAACUGGGAUACUUUGGCCGACAGCUAUUGGUUGGCACAAGCAUCGCAUCUUCUCCUUGGUGCGGUUGAGCUGAACAGCCCUAUUCAGCUGCAUCAGGAAGACUUCAAGACAAUGCCGCUCACCCAGCUCUUCUCAAUUCAUGCCAAGGACAACAGAGAGCCCACCAGUAUGGCGGAUGACAAGCUUGACAACUUAGUAACUGCUCACCGACGUUUUAUGAGCGAGCUUGGCGAGGUCAAGGUUCGAGACCUUAUCGAGCCUCUUGUUCAGCUUCAGCACGUCGACAACACCCUCGCUCAUCAGCUUUGGAUCGCCUUGUUCCCUAUCUACUGGUCUGCGACGAUGAAGGAAGAACGCACUGAUCUUGAGCGUGGCAUGGUAGCUCUCCUCACUAAGGACUAUCACAGUCGCCAGAUCGACAAGCGGCCGAACGUGGUACAAUCCCUUCUGGAGGGUGCGGCCAAGGCUUGGCCUGAUUGCAAGAUUCCGCCGCAUGUUCUCAAGUACGAGGCCAAGACGUACGAUGCGUGGUAUACCGCGCUCGUUCAGCUUGAGAAUGCGGCCAUCAAGCCAGAGAUCGAAUCGGCAACUGUUCGUGAAAGCAACCUUGAUGCACUUGUCGAGCUGUAUGCUUCUCUACAAGAAGACGAUCUUUUCUACGGCACGUGGCGUAGGCGGUGCCAGUUUGUGGAGACAAAUGCCGCGUUGUCCUAUGAGCAAAACGGAAUGUGGGACAAGGCUCAGAAGAUGUACGAGGCCGCUCAGAUCAAGGCUCGAACGGGUGUCAUCCCCUUCUCUCAAGGAGAAUAUGUUCUGUGGGAAGAUCACUGGGUCUUGUGUGCGCAGAAGUUGCAGCAAUGGGAGAUUCUCCAAGAUUUCGCCAAGCACGAGAACUUCCAGGACUUGCUUCUAGAGUGCGCUUGGAGGAACAAUACUGAGAUGUGGCAGACACAGGAGCAUCGUGAGGCGCUCGACAACCUUAUCAAGGGCGUUAUGGACGCUCCGACGCCUCGACGUGCCUUCUUCCAGGCCUUCAUGUCCCUUCUCAAGUUCUACAACAAGCAAGAGACGCCCCAGGACUUUGCCAAGUCGUGCGACGAAGCCAUUCAACUUUCUAUCCGGAAGUGGCAUCAGCUGCCGAAGCAGCUCACCAAGGCACACAUUCCUUUGCUUCAGAACUUCCAGCAGUUGGUCGAACUGCACGACGCCAGCGUGAUCUGCAAUAGCUUGGCUAGCACCAAUCAGUCCAACUUGGAUGUUAAGAGUGGAGAACUCAAGCUCCUGCUUGGUGCAUGGCGCGAUCGUCUGCCCAACGUCUGGGACGACAUCACUGCCUGGCAAGACCUAGUAACCUGGCGCCAGCAUAUCUUUGGCCUCAUCAACCAGACGUACCUCCAGCUGCUCCCUCAAGGAGGCGGGCAAAACGCCAGUGGUGCCUCGUUUGCCUACCGUGGAUAUCAUGAGACUGCCUGGAUUAUCAACCGCUUCGCACACGUCGCUCGCAAGCACAGCCUGCCGGAGGUUUGCAUCACACAGCUGAGCAGGAUCUACACACUUCCGAAUAUCGAGAUCCAAGAAGCCUUCCUCAAGCUACGAGAGCAGGCUAAGUGCCAUUAUGAGAAUCCCGAUGAGCUUACAAGCGGAUUGGACGUUAUUAACAACACGAAUCUGAACUACUUCAACCCGCCCCAGAAAGCCGAAUUCUACACACUGAAGGGCAUGUUCCUCGAGAAACUCAAGCAGAAGGAAGAGGCCGAUUCGGCAUACGGCACAGCCCUGUACUUCGAUAUUACCGCUGCCAAGGCUUGGGCCGAAUGGGGUUAUUUUAACGAGCGCAAGUACAAGGAGGACCCGACUGAUAUCAACUCGGCCCGUCAGGCACUUACGUCGUACCUGCAAGCCGCCGGAAGUUACAAGAAUGCCAAAUCACGCAAGCUCAUUGCUCGCAUCUUGUGGCUGCUCAGUCUGGACGAUGCCAACGGCUCUAUAGCAGCUGGCUUCGACGACUUCAAGGGCGAGACUCCUGUCUGGUACUGGAUCACCUACAUUCCUCAGUUGCUCACUGGUCUUGGCCACAAGGAAGCACCUAGGGUCCACCAGAUCCUAAGCAAGAUUGCCAGGUCGUACCCUCAAGCGCUGUACUUCCAACUGCGAACCAACAGAGAAGACAUGCUUGUCAUCAAGAAGAACCAGGAAGCCAAGGAGAAGGCCCGCCAGCGUGCCCAAUCGACGGUGUCCAAUGGUAAGCCCAGCGCCUCGCCUCAACAACCCAAGCAAGACGGCGUUCCCAAGCCGGAUGCUUCUGGUUCGAGGCCUGGUACUGCUAGCGGCGGCGACGCGAAUGCCUCCGUUAAGACCGAAGGCAACGACGCCAACGGCACUCCGGCUGCUCAGGCCAAUGGCGCAGCUGCUGGCGGAGACCAGUCAACCGCCGGUCAGAAGAAGCCGCCAUGGGAACUCACCGAGGAGAUUAUGAGCGCUCUGAAGACCGCCUUCCCCCUCCUCGCCCUGUCUAUGGAGACCAUGGUGGACCAGAUUCAGAAGCACUUCAAGUGUCCGCCCGAUGAGGAUGCGUACCGUCUCAUCGUUGCUCUGCUUAAUGACGCGCUAGCGUACGUCAGCCGCAUGCCUUCAUCGUUCGCCAAGGACGUCAAGCUUCCCUCUGCCACGGAGACCAACAUUACACGCUUCGCCGAGACGAUUCUUCCAGCUCACAUCAAGAAAUCGUUCGAGGCCGAUUUUGUUACUGUCAAACCGACCAUGUACGAGUACAUUCAUAAGCUCCGCCGUUGGCGCAACAAGUUUGAGGAGAAGCUUGAUCGCAGAACGACCCGCGUCUCGCUGGAGGCAUUCUCGCCGCACCUCUCCGAAUUCCGUUACCAGAGGUUCGAUGAUGUCGAGAUCCCUGGCCAAUACCUGCAGCACAAGGAUAAGAACCAAGACUUUAUCCGCAUUGAGCGCUUCUUGCCCAAUGUCGAUCUGGUGCGGUCGAUCAGUGCCUCAUACCGUCGUCUCCAGAUGCGCGGUCACGAUGGAAGCAUUCACUCGUGGGCUGUUCAGCACCCAGCGGCGAGACACUGCCGUCGCGAGGAGCGUAUCCUGCAGCUCUUCAGACAGCUCAACCAGACGUUGGGUAGAAGAAAGGAGAGUCGCCGCCGAGACCUUCAGUUCACUCUGCCAUUGAUGGUUCCUCUUGCACCUCACAUCCGCAUUGUGCAGGAAGACACCUCAUACAUCACCCUCCAGAGCGUAUAUGAGGACCACUGCAGACGCCACGGCAUGUCCAAGGACGAUCCUGUGUUAUUUACCAUGGAGAAGCUACGCGGCGUACUUGACACGAAGAAUUCGAAGCAUGCUGAGCAAAGCGCAACCGCCCGUCUGGAGGUGUUCCAUGCCAUCCAGGAGAAGUGGGUGCCACAAAACUUGGCCCUGGACUACUUCCAGAAGGCCUUCCCCGACUUUACCGAGUUCUGGCUGUUCCGCAGACAGUUCUCAUACCAGCUUGCGUCACUCACUUUUAUGACGUACAUUCUGUACAUGCACAACCGUUACCCGCAGAAGAUCAACAUUGCUCGUGGAUCUGGAAAUAUCUGGGGCUCGGAGCUCAUGGCGUACAUGAGCGCUGCGAAGCCCUUCUUCCACAACCCGGAGCCGGUGCCAUUCCGUCUGACUCCCAACCUCCAGACGCUCAUGGGCCCACUGGCGACAGAGGGCAUCUUCAGCUGUGCUCUUAUGGCCAUCGCACGAUGCCUCACAGAGCCCGAGUACGAGCUGGAGCACGCCCUUACGCUCUUCGUGCGCGAUGAAAUGAUUUUCUGGUUCACGAGCUCCCACCGGACGGUGCAAAUGACGGAGAACCAGCUCCGCGAAUCGGUGCAAGUGAACAGCGACUCAGUGGUCAAGCGGGCCGUGAGCCUGGCACAGAGCCCCGUCGGCAACUUGCCUGCCAACCAGACGGUCAUUGACCUCGUCGCCAAGGCAGUCAACCCCAUGAACUUGGCGCAAUGUGAUGCGCUGUGGAUGCCGUACUUGUAA